UGUGGGAGAAGGGAGGGACCAGAGGAGAGCGAGAGAGGGCUCGCGAUCCAGUUCGCCGACUAAGCAGAAGAAAGAUCAAAAAACUGAGAAGAGGGGACGAGCAAAUAGGCGCUUUCAAGAACAAUCGCCUCAUCUCCAAGUGGACAGCGCUCUAGGAAUCCAAAUUCAGUGCCUCCCGAAGACAAAGGCGCCCGAGGGAGUGGCGGCGCGACCCCAGGGCUUGGGCCCCGCCGCGGAGCCUGCACGGCCCCGCUGCCCGGACGGUCGCGGACCAUGUCUCCCUCCCCACUGCCCGCCAGCAGUCUGCUGCUCCCCCUGCUCGCGCUUGCCACCGCGCUCUCCUCCCUCAGCUCGGCCCAAAGCAGCUUCAGCCCCGAAGCCUGGCUGCAACAGUAUGGCUACCUGCCCCCUGGGGACCUGCGUACCCACACACAGCGCUCUCCCCAGUCACUCUCAGCUGCCAUCACUGCCAUGCAGAGGUUCUAUGGUCUGCGAGUGACAGGCAAGGCUGAUGCAGACACCAUGAAGGCCAUGAAGCGCCCCCGCUGUGGUGUUCCAGACAAGUUUGGGGCAGAGAUCAAGGCCAACGUGCGAAGGAAGCGCUAUGCCAUCCAGGGCCUCAAAUGGCAACAUAAUGAGAUUACUUUCUGCAUCCAGAAUUACACCCCCAAGGUAGGCGAGUAUGCCACAUUCGAGGCCAUCCGCAAGGCUUUCCGUGUGUGGGAGAGCGCCACACCACUGCAUUUCCGAGAGGUACCCUAUGCCUACAUCCGUGAGGGCCACGAGAAGCAGGCUGACAUCAUGAUCUUCUUUGCUGAGGGCUUCCAUGGAGACAGCACGCCCUUUGAUGGCGAGGGUGGCUUCCUCGCGCAUGCCUAUUUCCCAGGUCCCAACAUCGGAGGGGACACCCACUUUGACUCUGCCGAGCCCUGGACUGUCCGAAAUGAGGAUCUGAAUGGAAACGACAUCUUUCUGGUGGCUGUGCACGAGCUGGGCCAUGCUCUAGGCCUUGAGCAUUCCAAUGAUCCCUCAGCCAUCAUGGCACCCUUUUACCAGUGGAUGGACACAGAGAACUUUGUGCUGCCCGAUGAUGACCGCCGGGGCAUCCAGCAACUUUAUGGGAGUGAGUCAGGGUCCCCCACCAAGAUGCCCCCUCAACCCAGGACCACCUCCAGGCCCUCUGUCCCUGAUAAGCCCAAAAACCCCACCUAUGGGCCCAACAUCUGUGACGGAAACUUUGACACUGUGGCCGUGCUCCGAGGGGAGAUGUUUGUCUUCAAGGAUCGCUGGUUCUGGCGGGUGAGGAAUAACCAAGUGAUGGAUGGGUACCCAAUGCCCAUCGGCCAGUUCUGGCGGGGCCUGCCCCCAUUCAUCAACACUGCCUACGAGAGGAAGGAUGGCAAGUUUGUCUUCUUCAAAGGAGACAAGCACUGGGUGUUUGAUGAAGCUUCCCUGGAGCCUGGCUACCCCAAGCACAUUAAGGAGCUGGGCCGAGGACUGCCUACUGACAAGAUUGAUGCUGCUCUCUUCUGGAUGCCCAAUGGAAAGACCUACUUCUUCCGGGGAAACAAGUACUACCGUUUCAACGAGGAGCUCAGGGUAGUGGACAGCGAGUACCCCAAAAACAUCAAGGUCUGGGAAGGAAUCCCUGAGUCUCCCAGAGGGUCAUUCAUGGGCAGCGAUGAAGUGUUCACGUACUUUUACAAGGGGAACAAAUACUGGAAAUUCAACAACCAGAAGCUGAAGGUAGAACCGGGCUACCCCAAGUCAGCCUUGCGGGACUGGAUGGGCUGCCCGUCAGGGGGCCGGCCAGAUGAGGGGACUGAGGAGGAGACGGAGGUGAUCAUCAUCGAGGUGGAUGAGGAGGGCAGCGGGGCAGUGAGUGCAGCCGCUGUGGUGCUGCCUGUGCUGCUGCUGCUUCUGGUGCUGGCAGUGGGCCUCGCGGUCUUCUUCUUCAGACGCCAUGGGACCCCCAAGCGACUGCUCUAUUGCCAGCGGUCCCUGCUGGACAAGGUCUGACCCCCACCGCCGCCUGCCCACUCCUACCACGUGGACUUUGCCUCUGAAGGCCAGUGGCAGCAGAUGGUGGUGGGUGGGCUGCUCCCACCUGCCCUGAGCCCCCUCCCCACCCCCGCCUCCCUUCUCUGUCCCCUGAUUGGCCCCGCCCACCCUCAACCCUGGCAUUGCUUCUUUCCUAGAUGGGUCCCCUGGGGGCUGAGCAGGGGCUACCCCUUCCAGUCCCUGCCCCUCAGGGUCCCCUGUAGCUUGGUGUGUGUCCAGCCCCAUCUGAAUGUCUUGGCUCUGCACUUGAAGGCAGGACCCUCAGACCUCGCUGGUAAAGGUCAAAUGGGGUCAUCUGCUCUUUUUCCAUUCCCUGACAUACCUUUAACCUCUGAACUCUGACCUCAGGAGGCUCUGGGCACUCCAGCCCCCACAAGCCCCCAGGUGUACCCAAUUGGAAGCCUCCCACCACUCUUUCUGGCUAAAAGGAAUUUAACCGUGUGGGGGGAGACCCUGAGAGAGUGUGAGGGGGUGGGGGCUGUAUAGCCACCCUAGGACCUUGGGAGGAAAGCUCAGAGAGGGUCAGUCCUCUUCACAAAGAUCUGCCUCUGCCCUACCUGCCCCCAAGAACUUCAUGGAAGGAGCCUGAGCCAUUAAGGAGUAAACUGAGGCCGCAGACAGCCCUUGACAGCCCUACCUUCCCAAAUAUUAGCCUUGGGUGGGAAAGUCAAGAUUGGAAGAGCAGAGACCAGGGGGUGCAGCUACCAAUGACAUGGGAUGGGGCAAAUGGGGAGAGAUUCCAUCCAGAGCCCUGGGGGUGAGCCUGAAGGCCACUGAGAAAGAACCUUGCUCAAAAGCAGGCAGCUGGGGUUGAGCAGUCAGAGAAAACAGACAGGAUGGGACCAAAA